GGCAGCCAGCCGCAGAGCGAUAGUAGCCGCAACAGCACAACUACUACUACUCCUGCUACCACCACUCCUACUCCCACCCCCACCGAUCUUAGCCGUUACCAGAGUGGGCAGCCGUGGUCGUCUCCCCUCGAGAUGCCGGUUACCGAAAAAGACCUAGCCGAGGACGCGCCCUGGAAGAAGAUCCAGCAAAACACCUUCACUCGCUGGUGUAACGAGCAUCUGAAAUGCGUGAACAAACGCAUCGGGAACCUGCAGACCGACCUUAGCGACGGGCUGCGACUGAUCGCGCUGCUCGAGGUCCUGAGCCAGAAGCGUAUGUACCGCAAGUACCACCAGCGGCCCACCUUCCGUCAGAUGCAGUUGGAGAAUGUGUCGGUGGCGCUCGAGUUCCUGGAACGGGAGAACAUCAAGCUUGUGUCCAUCGAUAGCAAAGCCAUUGUUGAUGGGAAUUUGAAGCUUAUCCUCGGCCUAGUAUGGACCCUUAUCCUUCACUACUCCAUUUCGAUGCCUGUGUGGGAGGAUGAAGGAGAUGACGAUGCUAAGAAACAAACUCCGAAGCAGAGGCUGUUGGGAUGGAUUCAGAACAAAAUUCCCUACUUGCCCAUCACAAAUUUCAACCAGAACUGGCAAGAUGGUAAAGCACUGGGAGCUCUUGUGGACAGCUGUGCUCCAGGUCUUUGCCCUGACUGGGAGUCUUGGGAUCCUAGCAAGCCAGUAGAUAAUGCCCGGGAAGCCAUGCAGCAGGCUGAUGACUGGCUGGGAGUCCCACAGGUUAUCACUCCUGAAGAAAUUAUCCACCCUAAUGUCGAUGAGCACUCCGUAAUGACUUACUUGUCACAAUUUCCCAAAGCCAAACUCAGACCAGGAGCUCCUCUGAAACCCAAACUCAACCCAAAGAAAGCCAGGGCCUAUGGCCGAGGCAUUGAACCCAUUGGAAACAUGGUGAAGCAGCCUGCCAGAUUUACGGUGGACACUAUCAGUGCUGGACAAGGAGACGUUAUGGUUUUUGUGGAAGACCCAGAAGGCAACAAAGAAGAGGCACAGGUGACUCCUGACAGUGACAAGAACAAAACUUACUCUGUAGAGUAUAUGCCCAAGGUUACUGGGCUUCACAAGGUCAUAGUUCUCUUUGCUGGACAACAUAUCUCCAAGAGUCCAUUUGAAGUGAAUGUUGACAAAGCCCAGGGAGAUGCUAGUAAAGUAACAGCGAAAGGGCCGGGUGUGGAAGCUUCAGGGGUCAUUGCUAACAAGCCAACCUAUUUUGAUAUAUACACAGCGGGAGCUGGUGUAGGUGACCUUGGAGUGGAAGUGGAGGAUCCUCAAGGAAAGAAGAACAUAGAAAUGCUUAUAGAAGACAAGGGAAACCAGGUCUUCCGCUGUGCCUACAAACCAACUCAUCCUGGACUCCAUGUUGUUAAAGUCUCAUUUGCCGGGGAGCUUAUUCCUAAAAGCCCUUUUGCUGUUAAUGUUGGAGAAGCUUGCAAUCCAAAUGCUUGCCGUGCCAGUGGCCGAGGUUUGCAACCUAAGGGAGUCCGGAUCAGAGAGACUGCAGAUUUUAAGGUUGACACAAAAGCUGCGGGAAGUGGAGAAGUCAAAGUAAUUGUCAAAGGACCCAAGGGCCUGGAAGAGCUUGUGAAGCAGAAGGACUUUAUGGAUGGUGUAUAUGCCUUUGAGUACUAUCCAGGAAUUCCAGGAAAAUAUGUGGUUAUCAUCACAUGGGGAGGACAUAACAUACCUAAGAGCCCUUUUGAAGUUCAAGUGGGUCCAGAGGCUGGUGUUCAAAAAGUAAGAGCCUGGGGCCCAGGUCUCCAUGGUGGAGUUGUUGGGAAGUCAGCUGAUUUUGUGGUGGAGUCCAUUGGAACCGAAGUGGGAUCUCUAGGAUUUGCAAUUGAAGGCCCAUCUCAAGCCAAAAUUGAAUGUGAAGAUCAAAACGAUGGCUCCUGUGAUGUGAAAUAUUGGCCCAGAGAACCUGGUGAAUAUGCAGUUCAUAUCAUGUGUGAUGAUGAAGACAUAAAGAACAGCCCAUACAUGGCUCUUAUCCAACCGACCUCUGAAGACUUCAAUCCAGAUUUGGUCAAAGCUUUUGGUCGAGGAUUAGAGAAGACUGGCUGCAUUGUCAAUGAUCCUGCUGAGUUCACAGUGGAUACCAAAGCUGCUGGAAAAGCUCCUUUAAAGAUAUAUGCACAAGAUGGAGAAGGAAAUCCUAUUGACGUUCACAUAUUGAACAAGAUGGAUGGAACUUAUACCUGUUCUUACACUCCACUGAAGCCAAUCAAACAUACCUUUGCAGUUGUUUGGGGUGAAGUAGAUAUCCCCAAUAGCCCAUUCAGAGUCAUCAUUGGGCAAGGGAGCCACCCUCAGAGAGUCAGAGUGUUUGGGCCUGGUGUGGCGAGAACUGGUCUGAAAGCAAAUGAGCCAACUCACUUCACAGUGGACUGCACAGAGGCAGGAGAAGGUGAUGUCAGCGUUGGCAUUAAGUGUGAUGCCAGAGUGUUGAGUGAGGAUGAGGAAGAUGUGGAUUUUGACAUUAUUCACAAUGCCAAUGAUACAUUUACAGUGAAAUACAUGCCACCAGCUUCUGGGCGAUAUACUAUCAAAGUGCUCUUUGCUUCCCAGGAAAUUCCUGCCAGCCCUUUCCACGUCAAGGUUGAUCCUUCACAUGAUGCAAGCAAAGUGAAAGCUGAAGGUCCUGGGCUAAGUAAAGCAGGUGUGGAAAAUGGAAAACCAACUCACUUCACAGUCUUCACAAAAGGGGCUGGAAAAGCACCACUAGACGUUCAGUUCAGUGGCCCUCUCUCUGGGGAGGCAGUGAAGGAUUUGGAUAUUAUUGAUAACUAUGACUAUUCUCACACAGUUAAAUACACCCCUCUCCAACAGGGUAACACGCAAGUUUUGGUGACUUAUGGUGGUGAUCCUAUUCCUAAAAGCCCUUUCACUGUGGGAGUUGCCGCUCCAUUGGAUCUGAGCAAGAUAAAAAUCAAUGGACUGGAAAACAGAGUGGAAGUGGGUAAAGAUCAAGAGUUUACAGUUGAUACCAAAGGAGCUGGAGGACAAGGAAAACUGGAUGUAACUAUUUUAACUCCUGGAAGGAAGGUGUUGCCAUGCCUAUUGGAGCCUGUUGUGGGUAAAGACUGUAGUACUGCAAAAUACAUCCCAAAGGAAGAAGGACUUUAUGUGGUUGAUGUGAGCUAUGAUGGAAAUCCAGUCCCAGGAAGUCCUUAUAAUGUGGAAGCCUCUCUACCCCCUGAUCCCACAAAGGUGAGAGCCCAUGGCUUUGGUCUUCGAGGUGGUCUGGUUGGGAAGCCCGCAGAGUUCACUAUUGACACAAAAGGAGCAGGAACUGGUGGUUUGGGACUGACUGUAGAAGGUCCAUGUGAAGCCAAGAUUGAAUGCUCAGAUAAUGGGGAUGGGACCUGCUCUGUUUCUUAUCUUCCGACAAAGCCUGGUGAUUAUUUUGUUAAUAUUCUUUUCGAAGACGUUCACAUUCCGGGUUCUCCAUUUCAAGCAGACAUUGAAAUGCCGUUUGAUGCCUCUAAAGUCAUUGCCACUGGACCAGGGCUUGAACGUGGGAAAGUGGGUGAAGCUGGUUUGCUUAAUGUGGACUGCUCAGAAGCAGGCCCUGGGGACUUGGGUAUGGAAGCAAUAUCAGAUUCUGGUGCUAAAGCUCAAGUCCAGGUUGAGGAUAACAAAGAUGGAACUUAUGCAGUUACCUAUCUACCCCUGUCUGCUGGAAUGUAUACACUAACGAUGAAAUACGGAGGAGAACAAGUGCCAAAGUUCCCUGCUCGGGUCAAAAUUGAACCAGCUGUGGAUACCAGCAAAAUAAGAGCCUUUGGACCGGGAAUAGAAGGAAAAGACGUUUUCCGCGAAGCCACAACUAACUUCACAGUAGAUGCCCGUUCCUUGACAAAGGUAGGAGGAGAUCAUAUCAAAGCACUUGUCACCAGUCCCUCUGGCGCUACCACUAACUGUCCAAUCAAAGACCAUGCUGAUGGAACUUACAGUGCAGAGUACACUCCAUUUGAAAAAGGCCCCCAUAAAGUAGAGGUAACAUACGAUAAUGUACCGGUUGCACAUAGCCCUUUCAAAGUGGGGGUUACUGAAGGUUGCCAUUCAUCGAGGGUAAAAGCCCAUGGUCCUGGUUUGAAAGAAGCUUUCACAAAUAAACCAAAUGGAUUCAGUGUGGUGACAAGAGGAGCAGGAAUUGGUGGACUUGGCAUAACGGUUGAGGGACCAUCUGAGUCGAAGAUAAGUUGCAAAGAUAAUAAAGACGGCAGCUGCAGUGCUGAGUAUAUUCCAUUUGCUCCAGGAGACUAUGAUGUUAAUAUCACCUAUGGAGGAGAACACAUACCUGGUAGCCCAUUCAGGGUUCCUGUGAAAGAUGUGGUCGACCCCAGCAAAGUAAAGGUUGCCGGUCCAGGUUUAACCACAGGAGUGAGAGCCAGAAUCCCACAGUCUUUUACAGUGGACAGUAGCAAAGCUGGGUUUGCCCCUCUUGAGGUUCGGGUACUGGGGCCUAGAGUUGAUGAGUUGGAUUCUCAAACAUGGCGCAGCCCUUUGAAAGUGAUUUCAGGGUUCUUUAAAGAGGACUUGAAAGGUGGUGGUAGUGAGACAGGCCUGAUGGAUCCUGUGAACGUGAUGGACAAUGGAAAUGGUACACAUACUGUAACGUAUACCCCUUCCCAAGAAGGACCUUAUACAAUCUCUGUUAAAUAUGCUGAUGAAGAGAUUCCCCGCAGUCCUUUCAAGAUCAAGGUCCUUCCUACAUAUGAUGCUAGUAAAGUGACCGCUAAUGGACCCGGCCUCAGUUCCUAUGGUGUGCCAGCCAGUUUGCCUGUGGAUUUUGCAAUCGAUGCUAAAGAUGCAGGUGAAGGGCUCCUCGCUGUACAGAUCACUGAUCAAGAAGGGAAACUAAAGAGAGCGGAUAUUCAUGACAACAAAGAUGGCACUUUCUCAGUAACAUAUAUCCCGGAUAAGACAGGCCGCUAUGUGAUUGGGGUUACUUAUGGGGGUGAUGAGAUCCCAGCAUCUCCUUACCGAAUCCGGGCCACACCAACAGGUGAUGCCAGCAAAUGCCUGGCCACAGGUCCUGGAAUCGCAUCCACUGUAAAAACCGGUGAAGAGCUUGGUUUCGUGGUUGAUGCCAAGACUGCUGGUAAAGGUAAAGUGACCUGUACUGUUCUGACCCCGGAUGGCACAGAAACUGAAGCAGAUGUUAUUGAAAAUGAGGAUGGGACGUAUGACAUUUUCUACACUGCUGCAAAGCCGGGAACUUAUGUUAUCUAUGUUCGCUUUGGGGGAGUGGAUAUUCCCAACAGCCCAUUCACCGUCAUGGCUGCAGAUGAUGAAGUUGCAGUUAUGGAGGAGGCACCGGUAAAUGCAUGUCUCCCUGGAUACAAUCCUUGGGUGACUGAAGAAGCUUAUGUCCCAGGCAGUGACGUGAAUGGCUUAGGAUUUAAGCCUUUUGAUAUGGUCAUUCCAUUUGCAGUAAGGAAAGGAGAAAUAACUGGUGAAGUCCACAUGCCUUCUGGAAAGACUGCUAGCCCAGAAAUUGUGGACAACAAAGAUGGUACAGUGACUGUUAGAUAUGCUCCUGUUGAAGUUGGGCUGCAUGAGAUGCACAUCAAAUAUAUUGGUAGUCACAUCCCAGAGAGCCCCCUCCAGUUCUAUGUCAACUACCCAAACAGUGGAAGUGUGUCUGCUUUUGGACCUGGUCUCGUGUAUGGUGUGGCAAACAAAACCUCCACAUUCACCAUAGUCACAGAAGAUGCAGGAGAGGGUGGGCUUGACUUGGCUAUUGAAGGACCUUCCAAAGCAGAAAUUAGUUGCAUUGAUAACAAGGAUGGCACCUGCACGGUGACCUAUCUGCCGACCCUUCCAGGUGACUACAGCAUACUGGUCAAGUACAAUGACAAACACAUUCCCGGCAGCCCGUUCACAGCCAAGAUCACAGAUGACAGCAGGAGAUGUUCCCAGGUGAAGCUUGGCUCUGCUGCUGAUUUCCUGCUUGAUAUCCAUGAAACUGAUCUUAGCACCUUGACAGCCAGUAUUAAGGCCCCAUCUGGCCGUGAUGAGCCUUGCCUCCUAAAGAGACUACCUAAUAACCAUAUUGGCAUUUCAUUCAUCCCGCGCGAAGUGGGUGAGCAUGUAGUCAGCAUUAAGAAGAAUGGCAGCCAUGUGCCCAAUAGUCCGGUGUCCAUCAUGGUGGUUCAAUCAGAAAUUGGAGAUGCCCGUAGAGCUAAAGUCUCAGGCCGGGGCUUGACUGAAGGGCGUACUUUUGAGAUGUCAGAUUUCAUCGUUGAUACAAGAGAUGCAGGGUAUGGUGGCAUAUCUCUAGCAGUUGAGGGGCCCAGCAAAGUUGACAUUCAAACAGAAGAUCUGGAGGAUGGAACCUGCAAGGUGUCAUACUUCCCAACGGUACCGGGUGUUUAUAUUGUGUCUACCAAAUUUGCGGAUGAACAUGUUCCAGGUAGCCCAUUUACAGUGAAAAUAAGUGGAGAAGGAAGGGUCAAGGAGAGCAUCACUCGCACAAGCCGUGCUCCCUCUGUAGCAACAGUUGGGAGUAUCUGUGAUCUUAAUCUGAAAAUUCCAGAAAUUGAUAGCAAGGAAAUGUCUGCUCAGGUCACCAGCCCCUCCGGCAGAAUAACAGAAGCAGAAAUAGUUCCCAUGGGAAAGAGCUCCCAUUGUGUUCGUUUCAUCCCGGAAGAGAUGGGCGUUCAUACAGUGACUGUAAGAUACCAGGGCCGGCAUGUUCCAGGCAGCCCAUUUCAGUUCACAGUUGGACCUCUUGGUGAGGGGGGAGCUCAGAAUGUCCGAGCUGGAGGGCCAGGCCUUGAGAGGGGAGAAGCAGGAGUACCAGCUGAAUUCAGCAUAUGGACCAGAGAAGCAGGAGCCGGUGGCCUUUCCAUUGCCGUUGAAGGACCAAGUAAAGCAGAAAUUACAUUUGAUGACCAUAAAAAUGGAUCUUGUGGUGUGUCUUACAUUGCUCAAGAGCCUGGUGACUAUGAGGUGUCAGUCAAGUUCAAUGAUGAGCACAUUCCAGACAGUCCUUACUUGGUUCCAGUUAUCGCUCCUUCAGACGAUGCUCGCAGACUCACUGUUAUGAGCCUUCAGGAGUCUGGAUUAAAAGUUAACCAGCCAGCAUCCUUUGCUAUAAGACUGAAUGGAGCAAAGGGCAAAAUUGAUGCAAAAGUUCACAGCCCCUCUGGAGCAGUGGAAGAAUGCCAUGUUUCCGAGUUGGAGCCAGACAAGUAUGCAGUUCGCUUUAUCCCACAUGAAAAUGGAGUUCACACAAUUGAUGUGAAGUUCAAUGGGAGCCAUGUUGUGGGAAGCCCAUUUAAAGUUCGAGUUGGGGAACCAGGACAAGGAGGAAAUCCAACUCUUGUGUCUGCAUAUGGAGCUGGCCUAGAAGGGGGCACCACAGGAACACAGUCGGAAUUCUUCAUAAACACCAUUAGAGCAGGCCCAGGCACACUGUCCGUUACAAUUGAAGGACCGUCAAAGGUCAAAAUGGAUUGCCAAGAAACCCCUGAAGGAUAUAAAGUUAUGUAUACACCUAUGGCUCCAGGAAACUAUCUGAUUGGAGUGAAAUACGGUGGGCCUAACCACAUAGUGGGCAGUCCUUUCAAAGCCAAAGUUACAGGCCAACGCCUCGUCGUCCCUGCCUCUGUCAAUGAGACUUCUUCCAUCCUGGUCGAAUCUGUGACUAGGUCUUCAACAGAGACUUGCUACAGUGCUCUUCCCAAAUCCUCAUCGGAUGCCAGCAAAGUGACCUCAAAGGGAGCAGGUCUCCUGAAAGCAUUUGUGGGUCAGAAGAGCACCUUCACGGUAGAUUGCAGCAAAGCCGGUUCCAAUAUGUUGUUAAUUGGUGUCCAUGGCCCCACAACUCCCUGUGAAGAAGUGUCCAUGAAACAUGUGGGAAAUCAGCAGUAUAACGUAACCUACGUUGUCAAGGAAAGGGGGGAUUACGUUCUGGCCGUGAAAUGGGGGGAGGAGCACAUUCCUGGAAGUCCCUUCCAUAUCACUGUACCUUAAGUAGUUGUCAAAGUACUCUUUGUAAUUCAAGCUUCUAUACAAUGUAUGUCCUUGUGAAACGAAAAUAGCCUUUGAAUAUGCAGCUCAUACAUCCAGAAGAAAAUUCUAUACUCUGUAUUUUUAGAAAAAUCUUCAAAAUUUGAAAAAUUUAAUGUUCUGUCCUAUAAUGUGUGUGUUCAAUUCAAAGCUUGUUCCUUUCAGUGCUAUUAUUUUGUAACAGCGUUUGGAAGUCAUGCAGAUGAUAUUUUCCACUUUAGAUGUUAGUCUUUGGAAAGCAAUUGAAAAUGGAUUUUAAAAAAAUGUAAUUGGUUAUCUUAAGCUACUGAUGUGUCUCUUUUUGGCUUGUUGUGGAACAUAAAUUUAGGGUGAAGCAAUAACCCCUUUUCAGAGUCUUUUAUAAAGGAAUAGGGCUAAGAAACUGGUACUUUAAUAUGUGCCUUUAUAUGCUUGAUAUGUUUUUAGUGCUUAACACUAGGGAAAGGCUACUAAGUGACUUGACCACUGUCUUAUCUCUUACAAAGUGUUCUGCAACGUGGUUUACACUUGUAACAAGGUUCAACUUGUUCAGUCCGAUUUAUGUUCAGAUAAGAGAUUCCUUACCAGGAACUUGCUCUCUUUCUAUACUACUGCCUUCUGUAUCAGUGACCUUGGGCAAGUUCAUCUCUGCUCAACACCUGCAACCUGCACUUGUAAAACCAACUGAGUCUCUUACAAAGCCAGCAAUAGGCUGGUCUUUUCACCUGUGUACCAGGAACCCUUGGUCCUUUCAAGCUUCCGAUGACCCAAGGUCUGGUACAGAAAAUCUAAGGGGUUUACCUAGGAAAAAGAUGCCCACCUCCGACUGUUGGGCUAGUAGUGUAUAGGGGGCGGGUGGGGUGGAGGAGGAAGAAUAAAAAAAUAUUUAAUCACUUAGAGGAGUACAGAUAGGCCUAUUCUCUUUUCCGGGAAGAGAGCAUCUAUUGUAGCUUUUCCAAAGGAGUGAGUAGUUAGUUGCCCUUGGAUGGUGAUCGUAGACAGAACCGAGCAUCUGGUCAAUAGUUUCUGUAGCUGCCAGUGAAAUACAAAACUCCCUAAUUGCUACACUUAAUCUUUUCUGCUGCAAAACUAUUAAAGAGCCUCAAGAUUCAUCUUUCCAAUAAUAUGAAUAUUCCCUUCCCAGAGCUAUCUGGCUUUAAGGUAAAGCUUAUCAUUUAGCAAAUUGCCUUGCAAAUGCAGAAUUAACAAACUGGUAACUGGUGGGUGGGCAAAAGCUUUCUAAAUGAUCUUUAAAUCUAAAAAUGAAUACAUGGAAAAUCAGUGGUGUUCAUGUUGGACAGAGCUCCAUUGAGAGAGCGGGACCAGAUUCUUAAAGCAAAUCUACUACUUAAAAUCAGAAGAAUUUGAGCUGUUUUGCUUUAACUGUGCUUUGUGCCUUACUGUGAAUUGUUCACAAUGUUGUAAACUAGAGUGGAAGAUAAACUGGAAUCAAAUGCAGGAUUGUAAUGUUGUCUUAUAACUUAUUAAAAGGUUUUGCUCCAUAAAGUUAAACUUGCAUGUU